AACCCUCGCAUAUAUUUGUCGCAGUUCCAAGCCUCCACCUCUGCCAUCGCCCAAAGCCCUAGUAGAGAGAUUCUCAAAGAUGGUUCAACGUCUCACAUAUCGCAAGCGUCACAGCUACGCCACCAAAUCCAACCAACACCGUAUCGUCAAAACUCCCGGAGGGAAGCUAGUGUACCAGACCACUAAGAAGAGGGCGAGUGGGCCUAAGUGUCCUGUUACUGGCAAGAGGAUCCAAGGGAUUCCUCAUUUGAGACCUGCUGAGUAUAAGAGGUCCAGGUUAUCUAGGAAUCGGAGGACUGUUAACAGGGCUUAUGGCGGAGUUCUUUCUGGUGGUGCUGUAAGGGAAAGGAUUGUUCGAGCCUUUUUGGUGGAAGAGCAAAAGAUUGUUAAAAAGGUCUUGAAGAUUCAGAAGGCAAAGGAGAAGCUAGCCUCAAAGAGUUAAGAGAUUCAAGAGCUUAUUGAGUGUAGUUUUUGCUAUGGCUGAGCAUUUAAAAGUUAUUAAGAGAUUUUCUGAUCUGGAUCUUUUAUCCUUUUUGUGCGUUUUGCGUCUUAAACCAUGAUUUCUAUUACCCACCCCAUUUUGUCGACAAAUCCAUUAUGCUAAGAUUUUUAUUGUUUUAAUUAUUUUUCUGUUGGUGAUAAUAUAUAUAUACUUCAUUUUAGAUUGUUA